AUCAUUUGAAUUCAUUAACAUAUUUAUAUUAGAAAAGAAAAGAAAAAAGAUUGGUUUUCUAUUUAAACGAAAAAAAUUAAAUUAGAAUUGUUUUUAUUGUUUUGGAAUUGUAAAUUGGCCAAAUUAAAAGAAUUUUGAAAAAAUGACCUCAUAGUGUUUUUGCAAAGUAUGGUAUAGUUUGAUUUAACUGUUCGAAAAUGGGUGCGAAUGUAUCACAAUUAGAAAAAGAAAUAGGAUCGGAUAGCUUUCCACCAAAUGAACAUUAUUUUGGUUUGGUGAAUUUUGGAAACACCUGCUAUAGUAAUUCAGUGCUGCAGGCAUUAUAUUUUUGUAAACCUUUUAGAGAAAAAGUUUUGGAAUACAAAGCAAAAAACAAACGUUCUAAGGAAACAUUACUUUCUUGUUUAGCCGACCUGUUUUAUAACAUAGCAACUCAAAAAAAAAAAGUUGGUUCAAUAGCUCCAAAAAAAUUUAUAGCUAGACUUCGAAAAGAAAAAGAAGAAUUUGACAACUAUAUGCAACAAGAUGCUCAUGAAUUUUUAAAUUUUCUAAUAAAUCACAUAAAUGAAAUAAUUUUGGCAGAGAGAAACCAAAGUCAGAAUAAGUUGACAAAUAGUAGUAAUAAAGAAGGCUCAUCUUCAAGUACUGAAAAUCCUCCAGAUCCUACGUGGGUCCAUGAAAUAUUUCAGGGAAUUUUAACAAGCGAAACACGAUGUUUAAAUUGUGAAACUGUUAGUAGUAAAGACGAACACUUUUUUGAUUUACAAGUUGAUGUUGACCAAAAUACGAGUAUUACACAUUGUUUACGAUGUUUUAGUAAUACAGAAACAUUAUGUAGUGAUAAUAAAUUUAAAUGCGAUGUUUGCUGCAGUUAUCAAGAAGCUCAAAAACGUAUGAGGGUUAAAAAAUUGCCAAUGAUAUUGGCAUUGCAUUUAAAACGCUUCAAAUAUAUGGAACAGUAUAACCGUCAUAUUAAAGUUUCACAUCGUGUUGUAUUUCCAUUAGAGUUAAGGCUGUUUAAUACAUCAGAUGAUGCGGUUAAUCCAGAUAGGUUAUACGACUUAAUGGCUGUUGUAAUACAUUGUGGAUCUGGACCAAAUCGUGGACAUUAUAUUAGCAUUGUUAAAAGUCAUGGUUUGUGGUUGUUAUUCGAUGAUGAUAUGGUUGAUAAAAUUGAAGCAUCUAGUUUAGAAGACUUUUACGGUUUAACUUCUGACAUACAGAAAUCUUCUGAAACUGGUUAUAUAUUAUUUUAUCAGUCUCGUGAUUGCGUGCAGUAAAAAUAGAAUUUAGGAAGAUGUUUUUACUUUAAGUGUUUCUGUACUAAAAAAAUUUAGCCGUUAAUAUAGUUGAAUAAACUAUAAUUUUAUUAAAAAAAAUU